AUGACACCCUUGGAUAUGCCUGCCAUGGCUUCCUCUCUGAUUCUCCCACUAGGUUCUACUUGUGGUAAAAGCCCCUCUUUUACUUCCCAACGGAGCAUUCUGGUUGACAAACUUCGAAGAUUAGUUGUUAAGGUCAAGUCCUCAGAGACAAGGGAAUGUACCAGUGUUGUAUUUAAUGUCAAUUCACGUCGAGACUUUCUUGGGUUGGCUCUAGGAGUAACAGGUCUCUUAAUCGGUUCAUUGGAUGCUAGUGGAGCUGGUUUGCCCCCAGAGGAGAAGCCAAAACUAUGUGAUGACACUUGUGAGAAAGAGCUUGAAAAUGUGCCUAUGGUAACUACAGGAUCAGGUUUACAAUACAAGGAUAUUAAAGUUGGGCAAGGUCCUAGUCCACCAAUUGGAUUUCAGGUGGCCGCUAAUUAUAUUGCAAUGGUUCCAUCUGGACAAAUAUUUGAUAGUUCACUAGAGAAAGGUCAGCCUUACAUUUUCCGCGUUGGUUCUGGUCAGGUUAUACAGGGACUUGAUGAAGGUAUUCUGAGCAUGAAAGUAGGAGGGAAGCGUAGACUGUACAUACCUGGACCACUGGCAUUCCCAAAAGGCCUUAGUUCUGCUCCUGGAAGACCAAGAGUGGCUCCAAGCAGUCCAGUCGUAUUUGAUGUUAGUUUGGAAUAUAUACCGGGGCUUGAAGUGGAUGAGGAAUAA